UGUUGUUGCGUCAUAUUAUGUUCUGUAGCUCGAGUUGCAAAAGUGCGUUGGAAAGAGGGGUGGGGUUAAGGGGGUUCACAGGAUUCGAUUGUACAUACUCACAUCGUAUCGCUGAAGAACAUAGUAGUUAAGAAAUAAGUAGGAGUGCGAGUAGCGCGUAAAAAGUGAUCGGAAUAAUUGGUAAGGCGCGAUCGAGUUUGGCGCGGUAAGUGUUCGGAGCGUAUCGCGUGACCGUUGAUCGGACGUAUCAGUGCGCGCGCGGCGCCUCAAAAUGGCGUGAGGUGAUCGUGUGCUUCUAGGUUAUAUUCGCUCGUGGCGGGCCACGACCGCGAGCACAACAGAACGCGAAGAAGACGAACGAAAGAGGAGGAAGGAGGAGGAGAAGAAAGAGGAGGAAGAAGAAGAAGAGAAGGAGUAGGAGUUAAAAAAGGAAAGAAAAAGAAAGAUUUAAGAGAGGAAAAAAAGAAAAAGAAGGAAUUGCAAGAACGAGAAGAACGACAAGGUCGAGGAGAGUGGUGGUUGGUAAAAGUUAGGGGCGACAACAAUCACGGCGUCAGCGAAACGACUUAAAAGGAAAAGGACAAAAACGGCGACGGUGACGGCGACGGCGAGGGCGCCGACACCGAUUACGGCAACGUCAACAGAAACGAGCGCGAACAAAACAAUAACAACGACUACGACUACGACGACGACGCCGACGACGCCGACGCCGACGGCGACGUCGACGUCAACGUCAACAAUAAAAAGAAGGAAAAGGACGACGAGGAAAACGGUGACAGUAGUAACAGUGACAUUAAUCAGAAAGGAAACAACAAGGAGAACGAAAACGACAAGGGCUAAAAUACGUGGGGCACCUUAUUAUUUGUCUCCUUUCGUUAAUAAUUACGACGAGGAAUCCACGUGCGUUAUUUUGCCGAGAGUUAUAUGAGUUAUGAGGACGGAAUGCCCGCAGGCGGUAACGGUCGUUUCCGCGGUUACCCUGCGCGGAUGUCCGAGCGACAACAACUCGCGCUUCUUCUGCAAAUGACCUCCCAGGAAAUGGUAUCAGGUGGUAAUCGUUCAGAAAAUACAACAGGACCAAAUAAUACGAAUAGUUCGAGAUCAUCAUCGUUGCAACAACAGCGAGGUUCCAAAGGUCGAUGGACCAAUAAAAAUGGAGAAUCGUCUGUUCAAUCGUCGAUUGGCCGUAAGGAAGAUUUCCGCGUGCGGCCAGUACUCGUAAAUGGUUACGAUCUUAAUGCGAAGGAAGCAAGCGACAUUUCAGUUGCAAACUCGCCUAACGACACGUCGACGACAAGUGCAAGUACAAAUACAACAACAACUACUACAACCACUACUUCUGAUAGUCCAAAUUGUUCUCCUCAAAUUGAGAACUCGGAUGCUACGUCGGUUAUAACAACGGUCGUCUCGACUACUACAGCGGCGACGACGACAACGACGACAUCAUUAUCAUCAACAACAACAAUAACAACAACAUCAUCAUCAUCGAACGAACAGAAAACAGAGCAACAAUCUUCCUCAUCGAUUUAUCAACAGCAACAUUACAAUCAUCACUCACAAUAUCAACACCAACAGCAGCAACGCACGACAGGAAGUGCGUCAGUCGCUGCACCGCACGUCGCCGAAGACAGUGGAGCCCCCUGUGAAAUGCGGAGGACACCACCACAAAAUAAAGUCGAUAGAUCGGGAACCGGGCAGUCUGGAAGCUCGCCGAGGGUGACGCUCCGGCUCAACCAGGUACGAGGAGCGAGGGAUGAGAAAAAAGGGGGUACUUCAAACUCCCGCCAGGGUGCUAUGAACGCACAGAGUCAGGGACAAAUGGAAUCGUCAUCGAAGAUGCCAUUGAGUGGUUCAUCGUCUAUCACAAAUGUUUCUGGAUCGAAUGGAUCCGGUAAUGCAACAUCUUCCACGGACAACAGCGAUGUUUACGAGUUUAAAAGUUCGAAAGAACCAACCCCUGUAAGAGGCACGAGUUCUUCGCCAAAUCCCAAUCCUGAAAAGGAUAAAGAAAAUGGGAAAAAUUUAUCAGGCCAGAUUGGUCAAAACAAUAGUAACAAUGCAACAACAAACAGUAGUUCGACGACUACAACUAACGAUUCCAAUACUGCUUCCUCGACCUCUGAUGAUACUGCAUCGACGAUUACAUCACCCAGCGCGAAGCGGGCUUAUGACGGUGAUCAUACCGAAGAUCAAGACGAAGAAAUUAAGAAAAAGAAACGCAAAGAAAUGGAAAAUGUAAAGGACGGUGCUAAAAAUACACCAACUGGAAGACAAAGUACUGGUAGAAAUGCCACUAAUACAGGAGAUAAGUGUACGAAAUCUGGAAAGCAAAAUUCCAAUACUGUAUCUGGAAAAAAUAAUCAAAAUACGGUCUCUAAUAUUGCGGAUAGAAAAAGUCCAAGUACAGCAUCGAUGGCGAGCAGUCCAAAACCUUCCAAUACUCCUGUUGGUUCAACAACAAAUGUGAAAACAGCAACACCUGUAUUACCUGAAUCCGAUGGAGAAGAUGAUCGUUCUAAGAGUUCUGAUUCUGGUUCGGCUCCUAAAGUUCCACCUUUGAAAAUAGUUAUACCACAGAGUACUACGUCUGAACAAGAACAGGGUAAUAGAAAUGGAAAGAACACAUCUAACAGAAGUCAUCAGUUGCCUUAUGUCGUUCCUAGUUCUAAUAGUAAUGACUCUACGGAUAAAGAUCAAAAUCAAUCUGCUAGUGGUACAACUAGUCCUACUGAAAAUGGAAGUGGAACCAAGGUUGAUGAUAAAAAAGACUUUACAGGUACCCUACACUCGGAAGAAAGGUCGACCCAUCAUCAAAGAGUUCUCAGAAGUUCGCAUAGAACUGGUAAUGGUAACAAUGGUUCUACGGCAUCAAAAGAAGUGUCAGGAUCUAAUGCUGGUAAUGGCAACUACUCAAACUCAUCACCUUUACCUGUACCUACAGCCGAUCGGUCUAACAAUUCUUCACCGCAACAAAGGCAUCAUUCUCCUCCUCCUGAAAACACCAAUUCUGAGUCUAAUAAACCCACUUCUGCCGAAUCAUCUAAUAGCGGGACUGUAAAUAAAACAAGCACAGCUACAGAGAAGGCAGAAAAAAAUACUGAAUCCACAGGAAAAAAUCAAAAAGAUACAGGAGCAGAAAGUACUGAAAAUAAUACUGCAUCAACUUCAUCUACCAAUUCUAAUACCAAUGCUUCAUCUGCUCCUGUCGAAUUACAUCCUAGAAAAAGGAAAAUGAAACCUAAUAAGGAAGCGCAACAAGCUGCUGCCGUCGCUGCAGCUAAUGAAGCAGCAGAAGCUAAUAAUGCAGGACCAGAAGUACAUCCACAUGAUCAACCUAUUACUAAUUGUUUCCAAUUAUACCUGAAUAUUAGAAAACAGAUUGAAAGAAGAAGAAAAGGCCUAUUUCCAGUUCAACCAAAACCUCCGCAAGGUUUUAAAGAUUAUUUGAUGAAUCGUUGUACAUAUGUAUUAGCUGGAAAUGUGAACAAUGAACCAAAUGUUAAUCCACCAGUUAGUUUGCAAAGUCUUAUGAAAGAUUUGUAUAUAGAACAAGAAAAAGAGAGAUAUCGGCUUAGAAUGCAACACGUCGUAGAGAAAGAAAAAUUAGUGUUAUCAGUUGAACAAGAAAUCCUUCGAGUCCAUGGUAGAGCAGCCAGAGCUCUUGCCAAUCAAUCACUUCCAUUCUCAGUUUGCACCAUUCUUAAAGACGAAGAAGUUUAUAACGUUAUUACGCCAGAACAAGAAGAAAAAGAUAGAAAUGCACGUAGUAGAUACAACGGGAGACUAUUUUUAAGCUGGCUACAAGACGUCGAUGAUAAAUGGGAAAAGAUAAAGGAAGUAAUGUUGUUAAGACAUCAUACUGAAGCAGAUUCCUUACAUGCCAUUCAAAAAAUGGACUGGGAGUGGAAAUUGAAAGAAGUAGGACUGUGCGAGUUUAAAGCAACACCUCAAAUAGAAGAUAUUCAUGUACCAAUGGUACAUGUUUCGGAUGACUUUGAUUUAUUACCUGCUUAGUAUACACCGACUGAACAAUUAUUAUAUUUUAUGAUUCAAUUCUAUAUUUUUAAAUUAACUUUAAGAAUUUUGUUCUUCUGCACAUUUUUAUUUUUAAAUUCACUAUUGGUUCAGUAUAUUAUAAAUAGAUUCGAAGUUCUUACAAUUAAGUAUGUGAAAUAACCCUGGAAAAUAUUCAAAAUUUGUGACGACGUUUAUUUUUUUUUU